CUACGGCGGGCCGUCGCCUUCGGUGUACUCCCUCCCGAGCGCACCUUCGUUGUUCCACCGCUGCUUAACCCGAGGGCUCCCUUUGUGCGCCUCCCACUCCCAAAGUUGGGGCGGAGAAACCGCAAAGGCAUCUCGGCCCACCCGCGUAAGGCAGCUGGUGGCCGGGCAACUCCCUGAUCUGAGCAGUCUCCUGCUUCACCCGAGAUAAGAGGCCAUCAGAACGAAUGCAGGUAACACAGUCUGAAAUUGCUGUAUCCUGAGUGUAAAUGGCCCUAGUGAUAGCAGGAAAAAAGGUAAGCUCGUCACACUUUAAAAAGAGAGAUGUCUCUCUGGAUUUCAUGGUGCUCUACCUGUGUACUAGCAGUGAUGGUUUGUGCCAUGCUGAAACCAUCCCAAAGUCAAGAUUGUUCCACAGAGAAGAUGGAGAACACCACCAUUGAUAUCAAAGCAGCGAUUUCCAAAGGCAUCAAGGGAGCAGACCCCAUCCACGUGACAACAUGGAAAGCCUGCGUUGAUUUUUGCUGUCUGGAGAGAAAAAUAGCAGGCAACAAGCCAUGCAAUUAUGUGGUCUUUAGUGCCAGAAGGAAAAGCCAGUCUCCCAAUUGCUAUCUCUUUUAUUAUCCCAUGAAAGAAAUCUGUCCAAUGAAGGAAGGAUUAGGACUAGUCACCUACAGAAUAAUAAGAGACGCAGGGGUGCCUGAGCCGAGUCCCUCCUCAACCAAGGUCUCCCAUCCUAUUGUGAAGGGGAGCUUCUUGUCUCCAGAAAUCUCCAGCUUUGAUCUUGCGAGUCCAGGCCCUUCACGGGCUUCUUUGAAAAAAACUACUGCCUUUAAGAGGAAAGGAAUCUUGGGCCAUGUAGAGAAAUACUUAGAUAAGAUUGAAGAGCAUCCAAAUGGCGAAAUGGCAAGUGAGUCAGAGGACUUAGAGUCCUCACCAGUAUCUGAAAUCAGCAGUUUGUUGCCCUCAACGAUUGCCAACACCGUUCAGUUUGCUGUUCCCACAAUAGGGCUCACAGCUAAGCACCCUGUUGUUACCACUGGCACCUACAGUACUGCUGUUGCUGCUGUACAUCCUCAUGGGACUCCAAGCAGCGCAACAGCCAUAAGGCCUACUACAGCUUAUCAUCAAAAUUCACACCAGCCAACUGUGAAUCCUAGUACCACGACUGUUCUCCAGUCACCCAUGGCUUCUGUAUUUACUGCCAUCAACUUCGUCCCUUUGCCUUCCAGUACACCCAGAGAAAGUCUGUCUGUGUCUUUACCUGGUGUCCAUCUUAGUAGCAGACAGUCAUCAGAAGGAGCUCCAGCCAGGAAAGAAGUACUUCGCUUUGGUGACAAAAGCAUACUUCUUACGGCGUUGCUCUUUGGAGUGAUACUCUUGCUUUUAGUUACAGUGCUGGUUGGUAGGAUGAUGCUGGAAUCUCUUCAGAAGAGGCGUUACACUAGGCUGGACUACUUGAUCAAUGGCAUGUAUGCCAACAUGUGAUAGAAGAGGAAGUGCGAAGAAGUUCAUUUCUGUUAAAUGUAGAGACACCCCUUUCAACCCAGCUCUUUGUAGCCUUUAUAAAAAGAAAAUGGGUUAAAUUAAUUAUGACCGAGCUUGUGUUCUCUUUCUUACGAGGCUAUUGUGAACUGUUACAUGCACUUUGGGAUGGUUAAAAGUUCUCGUAUGUUGGCUUUAUUCUUUUACAAUGUGCUUCUUGGAGGAUUUGGGGAGUUGAGGGCCAAAAAUGUAACUUCUCCAUAUUCUGAUUGGUAUGCUGAGUCUCUAAUUUUCCACUUCAAGAAUUCUUUUAUAGUUUGAAGUGCUCUUGUACAUGCAUGAUGUAUAACAUUUCCAUUCAGUUAACAUGGGUUGCAGUUCAAGAAGGAAAUUAUCUGUCUGCAUUUUGGGUAUUGGCUAAAUUAGCUAAUCUUGUACAGGGGAUUAUUUUUCUAUUAAAAAUAAUUUUUUAGUAAAAAAAAACUAUGAUUUUUAUAAAGAACAGACAACU